AAAACUGUGGAGAUGGUAGUCGUUAGUUAGCCUGCUAGCCAUUUUAGGCUGUUUAUUAUCAUGGCAAAAUGUUCAGGAAAGAGUGAUAUUUCUUAAGCUGAUGACGGAGGGUGUGGCGGGGAUGUGGGUAAAUAAUGGGAAACGUUUUUGGGAGAAAGAGUCGACCCUCUCGUGUAACGGAACAAGACAAAGCCAUUUUGCAAUUGAAGCAGCAGAGAGAUAAACUGAAGCAGUACCAAAAGAGAAUCACCUUACAACUGGAGAAAGAGCGACUUCUUGCAAAGCAGUUGCUAAAAGAUGGCAGGAAAGAAAAAGCACUGCUACUUCUAAAGAAAAAACGAUAUCAGGAUCAGCUGCUAGACAAGACUGAGAAUCAGAUUUCAAACCUAGAGCACAUGGUUCAGGAUAUUGAGUUCAUGCAAAUUGAGAUCAAAGUCAUCGAAGGGCUUAAGGUCGGGAAUGAUUGUCUGAAGAGUAUGCACGAGAUCAUGUCAAUAGAAGAUGUGGAGAGAAUCCUGGAUGAGACCCAGGAAUCAAUUGAAUAUCAAAGGCAAAUAGAUGAAAUGCUGGCUGGCGCCCUGACGCAGGAGGACGAGGAUGCUGUUUUAGCAGAGCUGGAAGCUAUCACUCAGGGAGAAGAUGUAACACUUCCAGAAGUCCCCACUGAGCCAAUACCAGAAGUCCCAGAGGCAGCUAAAGCCGAACCAGAGAAGAGAGAAGCAAAGAACAAGCCAGAAAGAGAGAUGCUGGCAGCCUAACAGACUCAAUUAGUGGUUGAUAUCCAGUGUUGAACACCAAGCUGUCCAGACUGUCUUUGUUCUGAUGGGCAUUCUGUUAAUUUCAGUAUUUUAUCUUAAACUCGUAGUAGCUGAGGGUGGGACCUGCAGACAUCCGUGCACCUUUACACGUUUGACAGAAGCAGCACUCUGUCUGUACUUCACUGGUUCACUGCUCCCCUGAAGUACUUGCAUAAAGGAAGUGUAAUGCUUUGUUCCUCCGUGUCUGACUUAGCAAAGCAAUGUCACAUUGUAACUGUGCUGGUUAGGACAUAACUGAAUGAUAGGACUAAUUUUUAGAUGUUUUACACAUUAAAUUCACUUGUUUUACAUAUUAAAUUGAGCUGUGACA